AGUAUUAUGUCCCCUGUUAUUGUGGAUAGAAGUUUGUGUAGAGAAUACAUCCUUCGGGUCGUAUUAUUCUAACCAUAGUUUUGUGAAUCCUUUUAAUUUCAUUAGUGAUAGAUAACAGUUUAAAUAUUAUUACAAUGUAAUUUGUUCAUUAUCAGCAAAUAGUACUUGUUAUUCUCCAACUACCGAUAUUCUGUGAGAAAGUUUCAAUUUAUUAUUGAAGAUUUGCCUUAAAUGGGAAUGAGUGAUGUUAUUCAUUUAUCCCGUUAAACAAUUAUUCGCUGCUAUUAAAACUUUGUAGCAUAUCGAAACGUUCAGUAAAACAUAUAAAUAUGGAUUCAUCCAAAAAAUACGUGAAAAAAUCUCCCGAGGAAAAUGCAAAUGUAUUCUCAAAGUUAUUCUACUGGUGGUUCCUUCCGUAUUUUAAAUUUGGUUAUAAAAAUGAUGUUAAAAUUCAAGAUAUUUACAACGCUUCCAAACCAGAUUUAUCUGGAGGAUUGGGUGACAAAUUGGAGAGAUUUUGGCAGGAAGAAGUUAAAAAAACCAAAAAUUCUGAGAAAAGGCCAAGUUUAAAAUCCGCUAUUGUUAAAGCGUACCUUAAAUCAUACUCCGUUUCUGGUGUAGCUAUGUUUUUCCAGUUUGGUUUCAUAAGAAUGGUACAGCCAAUUGUUCUUGCUGAAUAUAUAAAUUAUUUUGAAAGAACAAAAUCCGAAUCCGAAGAAGGAAUUGGGUGGCUAUGGGCCUCCUUAGUAAUAUUAAUAUCGUUUACUAAUGUUGUUAUUAUGCAUAGUACUUCACUAAAUACUCAAAGAAUAGGGAUGAGAGUAAGGAUUUCAGUCUGUUCCUUAAUGUACAGGAAACUUUUAAAGUUAAAUCACACAUCCCUAGGACAAACAGCUGCAGGGCAGCUAAUUAAUCUUUUAUCAAAUGACGUCCAGAGAUUCGAUUUUGCAUCUAUGUUCUUGCACUAUAUCUGGUUAACACCUCUUGUUUGUGUAACGUCUUUCUACGUUAUGUUCAGGACAGUUGGUGUAACUGCAGCGAUUAUUGGAAUGGCAGCUAUAAUAAUAGAAUCAAUUCCUCUACAAGGAAUCUUGUCUAAAUUUCAAGGAAAAUUGAGAUACAAAAUUGCAUUGAAAACUGACAGAAGAAUUAAACUUAUGGACGAAAUAACAUCUGGAAUUCAAGUCAUAAAGAUGUAUGCUUGGGAAAAGCCUUUUGAGAAAAUGGUUGAACUUUCUAGAAAAUUAGAAAUAGACCUUAUUUCAAAAACUUCAUACAUUCAAGGAAUUUUAUCUGCUAUGGCUGUAUUUACAGAAAGACUUACCCUAUAUGUAACAGUUAUAACUUUUGUUUUAAUGGAACAAAGAAUAUCUGGAAAUAUUGUAUUUUCUAUGGCACAGCUUGUUAACACUAUACAGUUGAUUUUGGCCAUAUGUUUUCCUAGAGCUUUAUGGUCAUAUGCUGAAGCGAAAGUUUCUAUGAAAAGAAUAGAAGAUUUCCUCCUUUUGGAAGAAAAUGCAGAGAAGCACAAAAUAACGAACGGGAUUAUACCAAGUGAGAAACUGGGAAAUAUUGAAUUUACAGAUGUUACAGCUAGUUGGUCACCAAAUCCUAUUGUACCAACAUUGAUAGAUAUGAAUUUGCAUAUCAAACCAGGAACAUUGUGUUGUAUAGUUGGUAAUGUAGGCUCUGGAAAAAGCAGUAUUUUGCAGUUGCUACUAAAGGAAUUACCACUAACACAUGGAAAUAUGGAUGUUAGUGGAAGUAUAGCUUAUGCUUCACAGGAACCCUGGCUGUUCGUUUCUAGUGUGAAAGAUAAUAUAUUGUUUGGAAAACCUUUCCUGAAAAAUAGGUACGAUGAUGUUGUACGAGUAUGUUCUUUGGAAAGAGAUUUGAAACAAUUUCCAUAUGGUGAAAAUACGUUGGUAGGAGAAAGAGGAACGUCAUUGAGUGGUGGUCAAAGAGCAAGAGUAAACUUAGCUAGAGCAGUCUAUACUGAAGCAGAUAUUUAUUUAUUAGAUGAUCCACUUUCGGCAGUUGACACAAAAGUUGGACGCCAUUUAUUUGAUGAAUGUAUAGUAAAGUAUUUAAAAGGAAAAACAAGAAUAUUAGUAACACAUCAGUUACAAUAUAUGAAAAAGGCUGAUAUGAUUGUUAUUCUAAAUAACGGAAAAAUAGAAAAAGUAGGAAAUUUCAAUGAAUUGUCAGAGAAGGAACUGAAUAUCUUACAACAAGAACCCGAUGAAGAGAAGGAGAAGCAAAAAGAAGUAGUAUUAGCUAAACAAGAAAGUAUGAUAAGUACUGUAUCAAUAAAUUCAGUCAAGAAAGUUAAUCAAUACCAGUCCAAUACAUCACUGGCGAGUUCUAUGGUACCUGAGGGAGCACCGCCAGAAAUCGAAGAAGAAGUAGAAAGAGGCAGUGUAUCAACUAAACUUUAUCUUGAAUAUUUCCGUGCUGGUGGCAGCAUAAUAUUAUUAUUUAUCACCCUUCUUAUGUUUUUCAUAGCUCAAAUGGUAACCAAUGCUUCGGAUUUAUGGUUGACUUACUGGACUAACAGUGAGGCAGAAAGAUACAUUGAUUAUGAUAAUGUUAGAAACUCUAAACUAUUGGAUAAUUCAACUACACUGACUACAUUACUACCUAUUUUGGACAGUAAUUCUACCCUGCCAAUGAACUCAACAACUGAUUUUAAUCAAAAUUACUAUAUUAUGAUCUACACAGCUUUGAUCAUUGGUUCUAUCGUAUUGCUAACUUUAAGAUCGUUUCUGUAUUAUUAUGUCUGUAUGACUGCUUCUAAAGUUUUACACAAUCAUAUGUUCCAUAAUGUGCUCCAAGCUCCAAUGCGGUUUUUUGACACAAAUCCCUCAGGUCGUAUAUUGAAUAGGUUUUCGAAAGACAUGGGAGCAAUCGACGAACUAUUACCUCGUGCUCAAAUUGAUGCUGUUCAGAUAUUCAUGGUUAUGGCCGGUAUAUUAAUAAUGGUAUUUGUGGUGACACCUUGGAUGAUUAUCCCAACAAUUAUACUUGGAUUCAUGUUUUAUUAUUUUCGUGAAAUAUAUUUGGCGACUGCUCAAGCUGUUAAAAGAUUAGAAGGCGUCACACGUGCUCCAGUAUUUUCACAUGUUUCUGCUACCUUAUAUGGUAUAUCAACAAUCAGAUCUUCAGAUGCUGAAUCAAUGGUUAUUAAAGAAUUCGAUGUUCUACAAGAUCAACAUACAAGUACAUGGUUUUUAUUUAUUGUUAGUAGUACAGCAUUUGGAUUUUACUUAGAUGUUAUCAGUACAUUAUUUUUAAUAUUGGUCACUUUCCAGUUUUUAGUCUUUAGGAAUGAAAACACCACUGGUGGUAAUGUAGGCCUAGUAAUAUCCCAGAGUUUAAUUUUAACAGGAAUGUUACAGUUUGGUGUUAGACAAACUGCUGAAGUUGCUAGUAACAUGGUUAGUGUAGAAAGAGUUUUACAAUAUACAAAGUUAACAAAGGAAGGACCAUUUGAGUCUAAAAAGAAACCACCUAGAGAAUGGCCCGAAAAAGGAAAAAUUAUCUUCAAAAAUACAUUUUUGAGAUAUGCACUUGAACUGCCUCCUGUGUUAAAAAAUUUGAAUAUAGAAGUCAACUCUGCAGAAAAGAUUGGCAUUGUGGGAAGAACAGGAGCAGGAAAAUCAACUCUUAUCGCAUCUUUGUUCCGAUUAGCGCCAAUUGAAGGAACCAUUUCAAUAGACGAAAUCGAUACGGCUGAAAUUGGUUUAACUGAUUUGAGACUAAAUAUAUCAAUCAUUCCUCAGGAGCCAGUUUUAUUCUCGGCUUCAAUCAGAUAUAAUUUGGAUCCCUUUGAGAAAUACAGUGAUGAGGUUUUAUGGGAAGCCAUAGAAAACGUUGAGCUGAAAAAUGCUAUAACAGAUCUAAAUCAAGCUGUCAGUGAAGGAGGUUCUAAUUUCAGUGCAGGUCAAAGACAAUUAAUUUGUCUUGCUCGAGCUAUUGUCCGAAAUAACAAAAUUCUUGUUAUGGAUGAAGCUACUGCUAACGUAGAUCCAAAUACUGACAGUCUUAUUCAAAAAACUAUCCGUGAACUAUUUAAGGAUUGUACAGUGCUCACUAUUGCUCAUAGAUUGAAUACCAUUAUGGAUUCUGAUAGAGUUCUAGUUAUGGACGCUGGUGAAGCAAUGGAAUUCGAUCAUCCCUAUACACUUUUACAAAAUCCCGAAGGUUACUUUAGUAAAAUGGUUAAAGAAACUGGGCCAGCUAUGUCAAAAAUGCUAACAAGUGUUGCACAGGAAGACUAUAAGAAGAAAUACGGAUCUGCGUCUCUUGACACACCAAUAAUGGAAAGCAAGGAUAACCGUUAGAAUCGUGAACAAAAUAAUUAAUCAGUAAUUUAUUUCAAGAUGAAAUGAUCUUUUAAAAGUGAGGUAUCGAAUUCAUUAAUGAUUAACAAAUGCAUUAUCUGCAAAAUUUUCGUACUUAUAAAAAAAUGUUCAUCUUGAUCUCUACUUUCUAGUGCCAUUUAAAAAAUUAGGUUGUUAUUGCAACGAUUAUUAUGUUUGUGACUUUUCCUCUUCUUAUAGUAUGUAUAUUUGGCUUUACAUAUUUGUUUAUUGGUGUAUGGCUAUAGCAGAUAGACAUUUUGGUGGAAUGUCUCGAAGAGGAUUAGAUCCGUCGGGGAAAGAUCACUAGAAUUGGUAUUGAACAUUUUGAAUUGGUAUUCUCUGACGGAUCUAGUCCUCCUCAAGACAUUCUACUAAAAUUUCUAUCUAUGUUUAAAAUAGACAAACUUCAAAAUGAUUAAAAACUGAGUUACUAUACUUUCCUCUAAUAUCAUGGUACAACUAGAUAUAAAUUAGUUAAGGCGGGUUUUUUACAAAAUUGGAUAAAUUUUUUCAGAACAAUUCCCUUGAAUGUUAUGUUUAAUGAUCUAUCAAUUUGUCUAAAAGUUUUUAGGAAAUAUAAAUCUGCUUGAAUGCCACACAAUCUACGUGCAUAAAGACAAAAAGAUAAUGCCGAAACUAUAAGAUCUUUUAUCUUCCAUUUUAAAAUUAUUUACAAGUAAAAUUGAAUUAUCUAUUAUCAAGCAAUACCUUUACUAAGAUCACAUAAACAUCUUUCUUAAUUUUUUGUGAUAAUGGUAGUUCUCAUUUUUAUGUAUAAAAAUAAAUAAUAUAAUGACAACAUUUUUUGAUAACUAUAACGGAUCUUUAAAAUGCAAUGUCAUACUUAUUUUAAGGAAUCAAAAUCCCAAAAUGUAUUUGAUGCAACAUAGAAAAACGAUAGUCGCACCUUUUUGGAAAUGAGAAUUACACAAACCCAUUUCUUCCAUGACAUGGGUAUUUUAUAAUCCAGUAUUUUCCGAACAAAUUAUUCAGGUGAUAACUAUUAGUGACUAUAUAAUAAAACACAUUGUUUGUAGGUUAAAUUUACCUCGGGUAUGUUCAUGUAAAAUGAGGUAUGGGUGGUUAUAUUAGAUAUAGUUAAUCACAAAAAGAAAAUUAAUUUUUAGUGUGUUACCUCAGAUACUUGAUUUACAUUCAUAAUUACAAUGUUAUCAACUUAUUCAUUAUUCAUUAAUUUGGGGAAUUGAAUAAUGUACUUAAUUUUUUGUUUGUAGUUUUAUUGUUUUAAAAACUCAUGGAAUUUUAUGUAUUUAUGAAUAAUUUUGAGAUGAAUUACAGUUCAAUGAAAAAUAAAAUGAAAUUCAUUUUAUAAAAAUAAAAACAUUAUCAUAUACCUAGUGCUUAUCAAUUUUAAUUCAAAUGUGAAUAUUUAUAUAAAUAAGUUGGUACAUGUUGUAAGAAUAAAUGUAAAAUCUAGUCAUUUACACUUUUAUAUUAAAAGAUAUUUUUGUAGACAUAAGUGCCCUUCAGAUUAAAAUAAGUGAAAUAUUGCCUUCGAUUAUGGAGUUUCAGAAACUAUUUUUAUUGUAGUUUGUAGUGAUUAUAACUACGACAAUUGUAAUCUUAAGCUUUUGAUGUUUUUUAUGAUGCUACCAGUAUUUUUAUAAACUGGUGCUAGUUUAAGGCUUUGCUACUUAAACAUAUAUUUUACUAAUAAUGUAUAGUUAGUAUUAUCAAGUUCAGUAUCUGUUUCUCUUCAGUUUAUCGAAGUCACCAGAUCAAAGUUCAUUUUUUCACAUUUGGAAAGUACCAAACAACCACGUUACAAGAAUUCAAAUUGUAAUUAAUUUUGCAUUGAAAUCAUAACCAGACUAUAAUUAAACGAGCUGCAAGUUGCAUUAGCUCUAAAAAUUUACCCAUUGAAGUAUCUACAUGCUGAGACUAAUUCUUAUUUAUUUUGUUUUAUUCUAUCACAGCAUGUUUUUGUAACGAGGAAGUGAAGUGGAUACCAAUUGAGGUGAAAUACAGGGUGUUCCAUUUGAAAACGUUUUUGCCAAGGCGCUACGGGACACACUGUUAUAUUGUAAUUGAGUUGCAAAUAUGAAGUUAAUUGAUGGCUACUACCUCUGAAACCCCUACUUUGAUACUUCAAAGUUCAUGCAAAAUACUGAACUUAAUCAUAUUAAUGAACGUCCUUGUAAGUAGUUGAUUGUUAUAAAAUUAUUUUUACAAUCUUAGCAGUUGUAUAGAUUGAACCUUGAGAUACGCAAUUAAAAAAUAUAUUUUAUUCACUGUAUUUACUUUUAUUACUUUGACAACUUUUUAAUGUUGAUUUGCAAAACUAGAUCAAAUGAAAUAUUUUUUAUUAGUGAAUAUUACCAAUAAUUGUAUCAUAUGGUUAUAUUAUUUUUGUCAAGUGAUGAAUGUUUGUUUCAUUCCUAAAUAUUAAACAUAUAAAUAUUCCGUCCAUAAACGGUUAUAACAAUUUUGAAAUUGCAUAUUUCAGGGAUAGUCAAUUUAUGACAAUUUGGUACUUAUUCAUAUUUGACCAAAGAAAACGACUACCUGUUUUUUAAUUUUUAAGAAAAUAAAAAAUUAUUUAAAAUGGACUAGGGACUAUAAUUUUGGUUUGUUAUAUUUUCAAGAUAUAUUGUAUCAUUUAUGAUGAGAUUAUUCAACAUCACAAUGUAAUUAUGUAUCUGACAAUAAAUUCAUUUUUAAUAAAA